AGGUUGAUUGCGGCCACCCAGGCAUGCCACCCCACGCAGCGAUCACUGGAGAGAAGUUUACUUUUGGCUCCAGAGUGCGCUACUCCUGUCGCGACGACCGUCAGCUCAUCGGAGAUUCAUCGCUUACCUGCCAACUGAACGGACACUGGAGCGGCCCACUGCCUCACUGCUCAGGUGACUCUUCAGGCACCUGUGGGGACCCCGGCACACCUGCCCAUGCCAGCAGAGAGGCGGGGAACUUCAAAGUGCGCAGCAAGGUGCGCUUCACCUGUGCAGUGGGACACACGCUGUACGGCUCAGCAGAGAGGAUCUGUUUCCCCAAUGGGACGUGGUCUGGCAAACAGCCAUUCUGCAAGCCGGUACAGUGUGCAAAUCCAGGUACCCCAGCUCAUGGCCACAUUUCCCGUGUGGACGGCACGACUUUCUCCCACUCCAUUGUGUAUUCCUGUAUGGAAGGAUUUUUCUUGACAGGAUCACCCACUCGCCAAUGCCUGGCAAAUGGCACCUGGUCUGGCUCAGCUCCAAACUGUACAAUGAUCACCUGCAGCGACCCUGGCAUCCCAGCAAAUGGGCUACGAUUUGGUGACGACGUCACAAUUGGUCAGAAUGUGACAUUCUCAUGUCAGCCAGGAUUUGUGAUCAUGGGAGGGGAAAGUACCAUCUCUAGGACUUGCACCAACAACGGGACCUGGAGUGGAACAAUGCCAUCGUGCCAAGUGGUGACCUGUCCUACUCCACCGUCCAUCCCCAACGGGCUGCUGGAGGGCUCCGUCCUGGAGUGGGGGUCCAGUGUAAGCUAUGGCUGCCUACCUGGGUAUGAACUCUCCUUCCCUGCUGUGCUUACCUGCACAGGAAAUGGCACGUGGAGCGGAGACCUGCCUCAGUGCUUGCCCAAGUUCUGUGGAGAUCCCGGCGUGCCUUCCAAAGGACGGCGAGAAGGACGCAGCUUCAUAUUCAAGUCAGAGGUGGCGUUCAGUUGCAGCGCCCCCUAUGUGCUUGUUGGAGUGACAACACGCAUUUGCCAGGAGGAUGGUACUUGGAGCGGUUCUCAACCUCGGUGUAUAGAGCCUACGAGAAGCACAUGUGAAAACCCAGGAAUACCUGAGCAUGGCUUCAUGAAUUACUCUACAGGUUUCAAGGUGGGGAGCAGAGUAGACUUCCAGUGCCAACAGGGACACAUACUGCAAGGCUCCACAACACGGCUGUGUUUGCCAGAUCUUACCUGGACCGGGAUCCAACCUACCUGUAUCUCUCACUCCUGCAAGCAGCCAAGGAGCCCAGCCAACGCUGACGUUAUGGGUCUAGACCUGCCCUCCUACGGUUACACCCUGGUGUACACCUGUCAGCCAGGUUAUUUCCUCUCCGGGGGUUCAGAGCACCGCGUCUGCCGCUCUGACGGCAGCUGGACGGGCAAGGUGCCUGUGUGCAGAGUUGGAUCUAAAUCCCAAGAGAAAAUAGUCAAACCCGUGCCAGGGACACCGAGCCCUAAGAUGAAGGUCCCAGACGAUGUGUUUGCCCCGGAUUUCGUCUGGAAGGGUUCCUACGACUACAAGGGGCAGAAACAGCCAAUGAGUUUGACAGUCACCAGCUUUAAUGUUACAACUGGAAAAGUCAAUGUAACUUUAACAGACAGUAGCACAGAGUUUCUGCUCUCUGGUGUGUACAAACGCCAGGAGGCACGGUUAACGCUCUUGCUGUAUCAGACGAGAGCGCUGACCUACAGCUCUUUGGGCAGGAUUACGGAUGAGUCCUGGGCAAUGGAUGGAUUUGUUUCGGCUGAGCCUGAGGGUGGCAGCUACGUGUUUCAGGGUUUCAUACAGGGUAAAGACUACGGACAGUUUGGACUACAACGACUUGGUUUGACCCUGAGAGAGAACGUCACGCUUGCGGACCCUGAGACCAACGGCUCCACCAACAGCAGUUCUGUUGCAGUCGCUAUCCUCGUGCCUUUCUUUGCUCUCAUCUUCGCGGGCCUCGGCUUUUAUCUUUACAAGCAGAGGAAAACGGAUAAAGCUCAGUACACGGGAUGCUCCGUCCACGAGAACAAUAACGGACAAGCCACAUUUGAGAACCCCAUGUACAACACAAACACGAAAGCUGCGGAGGGGAAAGUCGUCCGCUUCGAUCCCAAUCUCAACACCAUCUGCACCAUGGUUUGAUGUCUGCUAACACAUAGAGAUGGGAGGAGAAUUAAUCCUAGAAUUGUUUUUGUUUUUCUUCUUCUUCUUCAUUGAACAGUAUACACAGAAGACGCUUUUUCUCCGUUUUCGGUUGGCACGCAGCAAAAGCAAGAAAAUUGCUCAGUUGCAUAAAGCACAGUUUCAGCUGCAAUUAAAGUAGCUGAUGGCAUUCAUAAGAAGGAAGAGCAGUAGGUUUCCUACCUUUUCAGAUCUUGUCUUUUUGCACUCUGUGAGUGUUGACUCCUUGAAUAAAAGAGCUUCUGGCAUAAAGAUAAAGCAAGUAUUUUCUGCUCAGUUGUAUAAAUAUAGAGCCGUUAUUUCACAAUACCAAAUAAACACUUGUUUUUUAAAGAGAUAACCUAGAUCUACCUUCUUUUUUUUUCUGCCUUCCCCCUUAGUCCUAAUGGAGAUUAUUUUUAAACACGGGGGAAUAGGAGACUCUCAACUGUGAGUUGAUCAGUGUAAUCUAUUUUCCAUUUUACAAACGGCUGGCGUGUUAGAGGAGCUGCCGCUGCAGAAAAGUAACCGUCUCCCAUUGAAUUGUCAGUGCUGUAGUCUGCUCAAAGUUAUACGGUCAAUUAUGCCUCUUAAUUGGAUGGUACCUCUUACUGAUGAAAUAUAUGGCCAGGGAUUUAACUACAGAAGUGCAGUACAAUUUUUGAGUGCCACUGGGAAUGCUAGGGCUUUUAUUGUUACAGUGCAGCUUCUCUGAAAACAGCAGAAUGCAUCUCCCCCACCAGUGGCAUAGUCUGCAUUAGGUUUACGAUCAACUUGGGUGCAAUUAAUUUGUCAGAAAUAAUUUAACCAUGACCGUUUGAAAUUGCUGACUACCCUAAUAGAAUAGUGGGGGCAAUUUAUUCAUUCCUGUAUGUUAGUCAUGCAUUUUCUGAUUUUGUGUCUUUGCUCGUAAACUUCCUGUGUUCCAAAUGAACUAGAGUGGAUAAACCCCGGGCUUGAGCCUGUAUAUCACAUGAAUCUCAAAGUAGGAGUUCCUUGCUUGUCCUUUACAAGCGUUUUGCUUUUGGUUUUUAAUAGCAAGGUCUUGAAUCUCUUGUGUGCACAGACCCUACAUCCGGCCAGGUUAGCCCAGAGCUUUACUUUCUGUAACUUUAGAUGUCGUCACAUGAAUGAAAAAGUGCAUCAGCAGGCCGUUUGAGGUGAGAUGAAGCUCGUUAUCUUGUUUAUUGCUCUUGACAAAUUUCUUUUGCCUUAUUUUAGAGUAGCUGAAAGACAGAAUAAGUGCACCCACUAACUCAUCUCUGGUUUUCCCAAACUAGCCUCGUUUUCUUUGGGAAACUGUGCCUUAGACAGAAAAUUCUUGAACCGUACUCCUACUCUAAGACGCUCUGUGAAUAUACAGCCUCGGCUCAUUUUGUUAACCCUUUUCCUGACACGAGUCAUCAUUUCAGUGGCUUACACGGCCAUCAGCUUCUGCCAACAAAUGUACAGUACACGUGAACGAAUUUGCACACUUCGACAUGAGCCACCGUCACUCAACAGUUUUGUUUUUUUUUUAAAGAAAAAAAAGAAAAAUGAAUUUAACACCGUCAUCACAUUUCUACAUCAUUGCAGUGCCUUGAAUACUGUAUAGGCAUAAAUUUCGAAGGAAAACCACAACACUUAGUUUAGUAAAGCUGCACACUCAUGUCAUCUAUCUGCACAGUUUGCAAUGAUUUAGUGGAGUGAUGUCAGAUGGGUUUAAGUAAAGAAGGCUGAAUGCAGCUCAUAGUUUCAUAACUGUGCAUGUUGGCAAAAAGUGAUCCUGUAUAGCAACUGCUGCUACAGUACUUUAUACCACUAUAUUGACUCCUAUCAUUGCUAUUCCAUUUUGUACAUUUAUACAGUUUUGAUAACUUGAUGGCACUCUUUGGCGACGUCUUGUGUUAUCAAUAUGUAAUAUAUUUUGAGAGUUCACUUUUCCUAUGGAUGAGCGAAGAAACACAUCUGGUACUCGCAGUAUACAGCGAGUCUUGUAUCCGGGGGACUCCAAAUGUAGAAUGCUUUUAAAUGUGCCACACAAUUGUUAUCUCAUCCAAGAACCUGUGUGUGUGAAUAUGUACAUAUUACCAAACUUUCGUAAAGAGAUCUAUUUUUUAUGCAGAUAAAGCAUUUGUAAGUUAUUGAAUAUGUUGUGUAAAAUUUCACAUGUAAAUGUCAUGUAAGAUCAAAAAGAUUUUGUAUUUUUUCUUUAUCAGCAAUGUAUAAAUCGUUAAUUUAUAUAUAAAACAUGAAA